AUGAUGAAGCCCACUUUGAUCCACGAACAGAUCCCUGAUAUCCUCACCUUCCUCACGCACGUCAACAUGAUCCGCAAAUUCGCACAUUCGAAAGCCAUAGCGGUUCUCAAGUGGAAUGAACACUAUGUUCGCCAUCCCCAGCCAGACAUCGUGACGUUAACUAAGGAUGACCGUCUCCUCCUGGAAAACCUUGCAAUAGAUAGUGAUGAUGCCCAGCAGAUGUUCAGGCAGAUCGUCAAUGACUUGUCCCGGCUGGAUGUAUGCCGCUCCUAUCUCUACUCCGAGUCAAAUACGAUAUGGACAAGUCGUAUGAACUUGUAUUUCCCAGGCCAGUUCCCGCUGUUUGGACAAACGGAGCAGGAUGCAGAGCGUAUUCGCAAGACUUAUUUAUUCCAUUAUGAUCUGACGGACAAGGAGAAAGAGGAGGUGCGGGCCACAGGCAUGCAUUGUGCGGAGUACAUACGCGAUGCGGCCAGCUUCCAAGAGAAUGCGGCGGACUAUUGCGCCAGUCGAGGCCUGCGUGAAAGUGCAGACAUUGAGGAUCUGCUACCACUCCCUGAAGAGGCCGCUACAAUAAAGCAGGUCGACAACUACCUACAGACAGUAAAGACAUUGGUCGAAGUACUGGAUAACCUUUUCAGUUGA